AUGCCUCCUCCCGAUUCAAGUUACGUGCCUUUUGCGAACAGGGAAACUAGUUCCCCUCAUCGACCUUGGACCCCGUCGUCCAGAGUGUCCGAAUUUUCACGCCCGCCUCCUUCAAAUGUGUCUUACGAGCCUUCGGAUCUCAAUGGAAGCCCGAGGCCUGGAACUCCGUCGUCGCGAUAUGGAGGAAGCCCGCGCCGCCCUUUACCCCCGGCACCGCUCUUCUCGAACUCGGGUCGCAAUUCGCAAGCUUUUGCCGACGACGCAACUGUAUCUAUCCCUCUCGACGGUAGCGACGAUGUCUUUGGCCCAGAGACUGAUCUCAGCGAUUCUCGUCCACUCCCGACCCACCGUGACUCCUUCAUGUCAGGUUCUCAAGAAACACUAAACGAGGAUGCAGAGGAUUACGCCAAGGUCGAGCACUACGGCCCGGCCCCAGACGGUGCUCAGGAACGGAGAGGCGUGCGAGCCCCUCAAAUGUCCAAAAAGGAGGUCCAGCUCAUCAACGGAGAAUUGGUCCUGGAGUGCAAGAUUCCCACCAUCUUGUAUAGCUUUCUUCCCCGUCGUAACGAGGUCGAGUUUACCCACAUGAGAUACACAGCAGUAACGUGUGAUCCAGACGACUUCGUUGACAGGGGAUACAAUUUACGACAGUCCAUCGGCAGAACCACUCGAGAAACAGAGCUCUUUAUAUGCAUCACCAUGUAUAACGAAGACGAAAUCUGCUUCACCAGGACAAUGCACGCUGUGAUGAAGAAUAUUUCACACUUUUGUUCUCGGUCUCGCUCAAGAACGUGGGGUGAGAAUGGAUGGCAGAAAAUCGUUGUGUGUAUCAUCUCGGAUGGCCGUGAAAAGAUUCACCCACGAACACUUGACGCCCUGGCUGCCAUGGGUGUUUAUCAACAUGGCAUUGCAAAAAAUUAUGUUAACAACCGUGCUGUCCAGGCUCACGUGUACGAGUAUACGACUCAGGUCUCGCUGGACGCUGACCUGAAGUUCAAGGGUGCCGAAAAGGGCAUCGUUCCGUGCCAGCUGAUAUUCUGCUUGAAAGAAAAGAACUCUCGCAAACUAAACUCGCAUCGUUGGUUUUUCAACGCAUUUGGAAAGGCACUGAAUCCCAACGUUUGCAUUUUACUCGACGUGGGAACACGGCCUGGAAGCAAUUCUCUCUAUCAUCUUUGGAAAGCGUUUGACACCGAUUCAAACGUCGCAGGCGCCUGUGGCGAAAUUAAAGCCAUGAAGGGAAGAUUCGGAUCCAAUUUGUUAAACCCCUUGGUUGCCUCACAGAAUUUCGAGUAUAAGCUAUCAAAUAUCCUCGAUAAGCCGUUGGAAUCUGUGUUCGGCUACAUCACUGUCCUUCCCGGCGCUCUUAGCGCCUACCGAUAUCAUGCCUUGCAGAAUGAUGAAACUGGACAUGGGCCGCUUAGCCAGUACUUCAAAGGCGAAACGCUUCAUGGACAGCAUGCCGAUGUAUUUACAGCCAACAUGUACCUAGCUGAAGAUCGUAUUCUGUGCUGGGAGCUGGUAGCUAAACGAGGCGAGAGAUGGGUACUCAAAUAUGUGAAAAGCUGCACAGGAGAGACUGAUGUUCCCGAUGCUGUCCCAGAGUUUAUUUCUCAACGACGACGUUGGCUGAACGGCGCUUUUUUUGCGGCUGUUUACUCCCUCGUUCAAUUUCGUCAGAUUCUAGCCACGGAUCAUACCAUCGCACGCAAGAUUCUGCUUUACAUUGAAUUCGUGUAUCAGUUUGUACAGCUCCUAUUCACGUACUUUUCACUUGCGAACUUCUACCUUACUUUCUACUUUGUUGCUGGUGGUCUUACAGACAAGACAGUCGACCCCUUUGGUCACAACAUUGGCAGCGUGAUUUUUACCAUUCUGAGAUACACAUGUGUACUGCUUAUUGCAACACAAUUCAUUCUCUCCCUUGGUAAUAGACCACAAGGAGCCAAAAAGCUCUAUCUAGCUAGUAUGAUCAUAUAUGGGGUGAUUAUGACCUAUACCAGUUUCGCCUGUAUCUACAUUGUGGUUCGACAACUCACGGGCAAAAGUCAGGAUUUUGCAAUCGGCAACAAUGUUUUCACGAAUCUCAUUGUGUCAAUGACGUCAACAAUUGGAUUGUACUUUGUGAUGUCAUUCCUCUAUUUGGAGCCGUGGCACAUGUUUACGUCGUCCUUGCAAUACUUCCUACUUCUGCCGAGCUACAUCUGCACUUUGCAAGUGUACGCCUUUUGUAACACGCAUGAUGUUACUUGGGGUACUAAGGGUGAUAAUGUGAUCAAGACAGAUCUUGGAGGUGCUGUUGGCAAAGGAGAAACGGUUGAACUCGAAAUGCCAAGUGAACAGCUUGAUAUCGACAGUGGCUAUGAUGAGGCACUACGAAACCUCCGUGAUCGCCUUGCUGUCCCUGCAUCGCCUGUCAGCGAGGCACAGAUGCAAGAGGACUACUACAAGAGUGUACGAACGUACAUGGUUGUUACCUGGAUGAUUGCCAACGGUAUACUUGCAAUGGCCGUUUCCGAAAUCUAUAGCAAUAAGGGAAUCGGGGACAAUUUCUACCUGCGCUUCAUUUUGUGGGCUGUUGCUUCGUUGGCUAUUUUCCGAGCACUAGGAUCAACAACGUUCGCCAUUAUCAACGUGAUCAACAUUGUCGUGGAGGGUAGGAUACGCAUGAAUGUCAAGGUUCCGACCUGGAUGGGUGGCUUCGGAAGCAAAAUUAGCGAGAAGGUUAGCAGCGUUGGAAGCAGCCUGAAGAGUUGA